AUGGCCACCGCGGACCUCCCAGCCAAUACGGCGGAGAUUGACGCUACAGUUCCAUUGAAAUCGCGUAUAAUUCACAAGUUUUAUGAGCCUCUUGUUCUUCGGAAGGCCCUUAGCCAGGCUUCUCAGAAUAGAGCUCGACAUGUUUCGUCAGAACCCAUUGAUAUGGGCAACCUUCAGCAGUUGUCUUUCGCCUUGGUAUACAAGAUUGCUCACGUCUGCGAUGAUGUCAAAGGGGAAUCAGGAGCUUCUGUGACAUCUUUUGCAGUACUCCAAAGUCACGGCAAUACUAGCACUGUACAAUAUUGGUUUGCUUCGAACCAGAGAACACAUGAACAGCUAGAAGGCACGAAAACCUUCAUCCGCGACCUGCUACGUCUAUUUCAAACCACGAAUAGGGAACCACUCGAGCUGGUGUCUAUGCACCGCACGGCUCUCCGUCAUGUUCUUCAAUUCAAUAAACCUCGGCUCAAGUUCUACUUGGAAACGCUUGGUAUGCAUUUGAGGCAAUGUCUUGCUCAAUCUUUGGAUGGAGAGACUGGAAGAAACCACACAAUCUCAAGAGCAUUGGAAGGGCUGCUACAGCCUCAAAUCUUUCCUGAUGCCUCAGAAGAAUCAGAAGACCAGUUUGUUAGGGGAUGCGAAAUUAUGAUCGAUGAGCUUCUGAGGCUCCAAACGUCCCGAGCUGGUCUCUUGAUCAUUGAUAGGUCAAAGGAGGGACGGAUGCCGGGUCAUACAAGCCAAGAAUGCUGGUCUGAACUGCAGCAUACGAUCAGCCGCAUAAUUGCGUAUCACUACUCUGUUCAGUGCAUGAUUCGGGCCAGAGAAGAAUGGCCUGCACUUUUUGAAAACUUUGAGGUCCACUUCAUACCGUCAAGCACGCCCAUGGAGAGGUUCAAAAGGAACAAGAGCCUGAGUGCUGACGGCAUUGUUGGGCGUAUGACCCGCAAGGUCAAGGUCAUCGAACAAUUCAGACGCUAUGUGGAGACUCUGCAAGGCUUUGACCUCGACCAGCGAAUUGUCAGUGAGUAUCAGAACCCAUCAUUCCGGCCAGUGGUCCACAGCGAAGUGCUGCUCCUGGAUUGGCUCAAGAAUUCCGGGCGGCUUACCCCUGAGCAUUUCUUCAACGGCUGGAUGUACAUUGGUACGAGCAAACCUCCUUGCACGCUGUGCCAGUAUUACUUCGAGGAGCACCAAUCUGGUGUAGCCCAUCGACCAAGUCACGGAAAUCUUUACAUCAAUUGGCGUUUGCCUGACGUGCUUGUCUCUCAAGGUCCAGCAGCGGAAAAUGACAGACAAGUUAUGCUAGACAGAGUUCUGAACAGGAUCCGCAAGGAUACGUUCGAUUUGGUGAAGAAGAAAGUUCCAUUCACAUACAAAGAGCAUGAUUCGAACACCUUCUCACCACCGCUCACUCAUGGGACGUGGACAUCGGACCAGAAGAGUACAAGGAUAUUAAAUGAUGCAGCAUUGCAGAUGGGACAACUUUCACUGUCGGAUUGA